UCCACACACACGAUGUCCGGCGAAAGGAACAGGCGCUCACUGGCUUUCCGCACCGGAGCCGCCAUCGCCAAGAUCGAACCCGAACCCGGGCCCCACAACAACAACAGCAGCGAGGCUUCGAACGGGGCCUUCUCUUCGGUCACUCCAAGCAAACUGGCUGCCCUUCCUGCACUGGACGGCGUCGAGGCCGCUCCUGCUCCCGCCCCGGAGGAGGACUGGGUUGAGACGGUGGUGGUGGACGAUGAGUACCCGGAGCAAGAGGUCUCGGUGCGGGUGGUCGACGGUGGCUCCAUUAGCAGCAACGAGUCCGAAGAAGAGGAGGAGGUUCCGGCCGAGGAGGAGGAAGGGGUAGACGGGCCCGGGAGCGAGGAGCGAGCCGUGACCUCCGGGGAAGGAGCCGGAGCCAAAGUGGGACAAGACGACGAGGAGGAAAACAGCGGCUGCAGCCGGAAAGGAAUAGGGCUGACCCUGCUUGGGCGGCCCCAGUCCUUACUGCUGCCGCAACAGCGCACUUUCCAGAGGUCGUGGCUGCAGGAGUUCCCGUGGCUUCAGUACGAGCAGGAGACGGGCCUCAUGUACUGCUCCUGGUGCCUGCGGGCCAACAGCGGGCUGGGGAGCAACAAUAACCGCAACAAGUUCGUGAAAGGAAGCCGCAAUUACAGGAGAACCACACUGCUGCGGCAUCACCUUUACACCGAGCACCGGGAGAAUGACCCGUCGGCUGCAGUCUGCAUGGAGGAGUCUGCGAUUGCAUCCAAAUCGACAGAUGAGAUGUACAGUGAGUACAAAAGUGACCGAAAUGAAAUUUCCUAUUGUUAUCAACUGCUUCAGGAACUGAAUGAACAGCGGCAGCAAGGCAUUCUGUGUGAUGUCAACAUUGUGGUGAAGGGUCAGGUUUUCAAAGCCCACAAGAAUAUAUUAGUUGCAGGCAGCCGUUACUUUAAGACUCUCUAUUGCUAUACUCCGAAUGAGAGUUGCGACCAGGUCACAGUAACUCACCUCGAUGUCGUUGCAGUACAAGGUUUCACAGUCAUUCUUGAUUUCAUGUACUCUGGACAUUUGGUUUUAACCAGCCAAAAUGUAAUUGAGGUAAUGUCUGUAGCAAGCUAUCUACAAAUGACUGACAUUGUUCAGGCUUGCCGUGGUUUCAUAAAGGACGCUCUAAACAUCAGUACAAAAUCCACUGCGGCAGAGAAAAUAAUAAUGCAGUAUGAGAAGGUAAAAGCCUCCAAUCGGUCCCAAAGAGACAGCACCGUAGCUAUGUUGAAACAUGAGCCCAGCAGUCCUUGGAUAGUCAAAUCUACAAAUGCAUUGAAUAACUGUGCUACAGGCGGACUGCAUGAAGAAAGAGCCAGAUAUGAAAUGGAGGGCUACAGUUUAGAUAUGGGUUCAGUAAUGGACCAAAAUGAGAGCUACCAGAUUAAUGAUUCUGCCUGGAGUCAAGAUAACUUUUCAGAUUAUGGUGGAAAAGAUCUGCAGAUGGGGCUACCUCAAGAUCAGAGUCCUGCUUUCUCGUGGGGAAAUUUGGGAAAACUAAUGCUGCAUCAAACAGUCCCUCGAAGCGGAAGAAGAAAAAAUCACAUAACCAGAAGAAUUGUAUACGACGUUACACCAAAAGUUGAAGAAGGAGUUGGAGAUAACUUAAUGAUACAGCCACCUAUGGCAUUCUCUGAGGAUGGAUUACAGGAAAUUCCUGUUGACUCAUUUACAGCUGGAACUUCAGAUCAAUUCAGAUUUGGACUGUUACAAGAAGCGCAAAAUAGAGAAACAUGGUUAAAUGGUGAUGCUUCAAUUGGUAGUCAAAACAAAUUCAAAUGCCCGCAUUGUAAUUACAUUGCCAAGUAUCGGCGCACGUUGAAAAGACAUCAGCUGAUACAUACUGGAGUGCGGUCUUUUGCUUGUGACAUCUGUGGAAAGUUGUUCACACGAAGAGAACAUGUAAAGAGACAUUCCUUGGUACAUAAGAAGGAUAAAAAGUACAAAUGUAUGGUUUGUAAAAAAUUCUUCACUCUGGCAGCCAGUGUUGGAAUUAGGCAUGGAUCGCGACGUUAUGGCGUAUGUUUGGAUUGUUCCGGGGGUGAUAGACAGCCAAAAGGUGACCAUGGUGGCAUGGACCUGAUGGUUGAUCCAGAAUUUUUUAAGGAACAGCAGGAAGAACAAGAACAACCAGGAGGACUGGAGCAGGAAGAAAAUGAGAGAAUGGUUGAUGAAGAUGUAGCAGAUGAAGAUGGAGGAGGGGAGAUGGAUAGAGAGCAGUGGGAAGAUGUUGGGGCUAGUGAGACCUAUGUUAUAUUAGACAAUGACUAGCUGGCACUUAAGCCAUUAUGUUAUAAAACUGAAAAGUGUAACUAUGGUUGUUCACUGUAUAGACCCUAUGAAUUUUAUCUGAAUUGCAAUGAUUAUGGAUUGGCAACAAAACACUAAAUUUUCCAUAUUUUGCUGACAGCUAUGAACAUUGGAUAAUUAUUGAUAUUUUAAUUGUAGUAAGAGUGGUUUCACAACAGUAAUGAUGAAAAGAAUAUUGGAGUCAGUGAUGGGCAAUUCCUUAAAAUAACUGGGAUUGAAAUUACAAUUUCACUUCCCUAGAAUCUAUUUGGAAAAAGUAUUGUGCAAAAAUGCAGUAGUCUGUGACUUGAAGUACAUCUAUUGUACAGGAGUGCAGGAGACUGUCUCACUGACUGGAAUAUAAAACAAAUUUCAUUUGAGUGAACA